CCCCUAGAGGCUCAAACACACCACCAAAGAUUUGAGUACGCAGUACGUUUCCCAACAAACCCUGCAGACGGAGUUUAAACAAUUCAAUGUCGUUGUGGCAAAUUAAGCGUGUCUUAGUAUUUGGGACAUUGGCAAGCUGUGGACUCGUUCUUGUGAUUGGAUUAUAUUUAUUCACAAUGUCUGCCCCGACAGAGGACUGGCAGACAGCCACAUCUAUUUAUGACUUCUCUGCCAAGGAUAUUGAUGGCAACGAGGUGUCCCUGGAGAAAUACAGGGGAGAUGUUGUCAUCAUCGUCAACGUUGCCUCUAAAUGAGGGAAAACCCCGGUAAACUAUUCUCAGUUUGCGGAGAUGCACGCGAAGUACGCUGAGAAAGGUUUACGCAUCCUGGCCUUCCCUUCCAACCAGUUCGGGAGUCAGGAACCUGGCACUGAAGCUCAGAUCAAGGACUUUGCUAAGUCAUACAAUGCUGAGUUCCCAAUGUUCAGUAAGAUUGACGUGAACGGGGAUAACGCCCACCCCCUGUGGAAGUGGCUGAAGGAGCAGCCCAACGGGAAAGGCUUCCUGGGAAAUGGCAUCAAGUGGAAUUUCACAAAGUUCCUGAUCAACAGAGAGGGACAGGUUAUGAAGAGAUAUGGACCAAUGGAUGAUCCCAGUGUGGUGGAGAAGGAUCUUCCUAAGUACCUGUAAUUCUUCCAUGACUGACGGACUAAUGCACUGAUACUCCAUCGCCACCCCCCUGCCCCCCCGGUCAGCCAAUGGGUGUGAGUGGGUCCAUUCCCCAGACCAGUGACGGUCUGUCCACAAACCCGCCUGACGGACAGGACAGACCUGAUGAAAAUGGCGUGCAACCCCCUGGGAGGACCCCCUAUACCCAGCCAGUACACCGGAGAGGAACCCUGACCUCUACAACUGUUCCCUUUGAAUACUUAAAACGGAAUGUGCAUAAUUACAAAUAUGAUCUUAGUGUCAUAUUCUAUAAUAAACUAAACUACUUUGUGUUAA